UCUGUGACAAGACAGCAUGAUACUUUGAAGUAUGACAGAAGUCCUGAUGCUGCAGCAGAGGCUGGGAAUAUUAAUGGCCAAAUCUAGAGAUCACAUGGUCUUCUAAAGAAGUCAUGGGUAGCUGUUGUAGCUGUCCAGAUAAAGAAACUGUCCCAGAUAACCAUCGAAACAAAUUUAAGGUUAUUAAUGUGGAUGAUGAUGGUAAUGAACUGGGUUCUGGCAUAAUGGAACUUACCGAUACAGAACUAAUUUUAUACACCCGUAAAAGGGAUUCUGUAAAAUGGCACUACCUCUGUCUCCGUCGCUAUGGCUACGACUCAAAUCUUUUCUCUUUUGAAAGUGGUCGAAGGUGUCAAACUGGACAAGGAAUCUUUGCCUUUAAGUGUGCCCGUGCAGAAGAACUAUUUAAUAUGUUGCAAGAGAUAAUGCAGAAUAAUAGCAUAAAUGUGGUAGAAGAACCAGUAAUAGAAAGGAAUAAUCAUCAAACUGAGUUGGAAGCUCCAAGAACCCCUCGAACACCUACCACUCCUGGGUUCAAUGCACAAAGCCUACCUAACGGCUAUCCCAGAUAUCCGUCUUUUGGAGAUGGUUCAUCACAUCCUUCCAGCAGGCAUCCUUCUGUCGGAAGUGCACGCCUCCCCUCUGUCGGCGAAGAAUCAACACAUCCUUUACUUGUAGCAGAGGAACAAGUGCACACUUAUGUCAACACUACUGGGGUACAAGAGGAAAGAAAAAAUCGAUCAAGUGUGCCUGUGCCACUGGAAUCAAAACUUUCAAAUGCUGAAACAAAUAAAGUGAAAGAUGAUCAGACGUGUACUGAUGACAGAGAUGCUCAGGUUCUCCUAGAGCCUGAAGGAGUCAAGUUUGUUUUAGGACCAACACCUGUUCAAAGGCAGUUAAUGGAAAGAGAGAAACUGGAGCAACUUGGGAGAGACCAAGUUAGUGGCAGCAGCACAAACAACACUGAAUGGGACACUGGGUACGACAGUGAUGAACGUAGAGAAACGCCGUCUGGUAAUAAACUAGUGUAUGAAAAUAUAAGCAGGUUAUCAAUCCCUAGUGCCUCAGGGAUCAGGAGAGGUCGUUUGACAUCAACCAGUACCUCAGAUACCCAGAACAUUAACAACUCUGCUCAAAGGAGAACUGCGUUGUUAAACUAUGAGAACUUGCCAUCAUUGCCUCCUGUUUGGGAAGCCCGCAAGCUGAGUAGAGAUGAAGAUGAGAGUUUAGGACCAAAGACCCCAUCUCUGAAUGGCUACCACAAUAACCUAGAUCCAAUGCAUAAUUAUGUCAAUACAGAGAAUGUAACAGUACCAGCAAGUGCUCAUAAAGUAGAAUUUACACGACGUCGGGAUUGUACCCCAACAGUCUUCAACUUUGACAUUAGGCGUCCAAGUUUAGAACACAGGCAGCUCAAUUAUAUACAGGUUGAUUUGGAAGGUGGUAGUGACUCCGACAACCCUCAGACUCCGAAAACCCCCACCACUCCACUUCCACAAACUCCAACCAGGCGCACAGAGCUGUAUGCUGUGAUAGACAUUGAACGAACUGCUGCUAUGUCAAGCUUGCAAAAAGCACUGCCCCGAGAUGACGGUACUUCUAGGAAAACUAGACAUAACAGCACUGACCUGCCUAUGUGAGCCUGGAAAGCAUUAAAUCAUUUGCACCUUUUGUGAAGUUUAUAAAAUUGAAGAUGCAAGUACUUUGCAUUUCUUAACACUAACGCCUUUUAUAGACUAAUAGAACUUUUUCUGCAUACUUCAUGUACUUGUCUAAAGGGAAUUAAUGUAGAGCAAGUAUUCAUUUAAAUAACACUAUUUCAUUCUCCAGUAGUAGUAAUUACUGCAUAGCAGCGUCACCACCUUUUACAGUGCCUCUUUAAAUUGAUUAGAGUCUGAGUGACAUGCCAGUUUUGAAUUUAUAAAUAUUCUGGUCAGGUGCCUGUAGUCAUUAAUGGCAUUUAGAACACUUUUUAAAGCCUCUUGAUAUGUGCAUUAUUAGCAGGUAAACCUAAUCUUUCAAGGUACAUAUCUUUAUAUUCAGUCUUCAUUCAAAUGGCUCCUCCAGAAUGAAAUGUAUGAAAUUCAUUAAUUCACUCAUUUUGUCUUACACAAGAUAUUUUGGUUCAUCUCAUGGGAUAUAAACAC